AGUUUAUCACCGUGGGUCUAUGGUGGGCUUCACAUCUCUGCUGUCCCUGUAUCCCUCCGCGUCAGGAGGCGUCUUCACCUCCUUGAACGGUCCAACCACAACGGCCGAUAACAUCCAUGACGUCAUCCACUACCAGGUUUCAGAUAUUCUGACAGGAAAGGACCACUGGCUGAAUUCUACCACAGCCUGCACGUAUCCUGCACCCUGGUGGACGACACGACAGACCAGGAGCACAGCCGUCCCUAAAAUCUCGGACAACUUCUCGCGAGACAAACGUGACUACGAGGGUGUCUACGGCAACCACGCGACAGGCAACUUGACGAUAACCCUGAACACGACCGACAACAAGUUAUACUUCAGACUUGGUCUGAUCGGACGUGGUGUAGUUCUCCCUACCGAGUCUGCUAACCAAAUUCUCUUUCGAGCUGAAGAACCGUUAGAGUAUAUCCCCAAUAUUAUUGCCGAUGUAGAAGUAAAAGGUGGAGAGGUAUUCUCUUUAUCGCUGCAAAGCUAUCCUCCCGAACCGUCUGUUGUGUUCGAGCGAGGCCUGAAGCUGACAGACCCGGACCCUACAGAGCCGGAGUGGGACGACUGUACAGGCGUCUCCGGCUCUCCGGACCGCACAGCUUCGAGUAACACAUUCGCCUUCUUGCUCUUUUUGGCAUAUAUGUUUACUGUGUAAUCUUAUACCAUGUAUGAGAGAAAAUCCGAAGGUCAGGGAAUGUAAAAGAAAGAGCGACACAAUGAUGUAUGC